CUUGAAAGUGUUCUGUUUUUGGGAAGUUUUAUUGUUCUAGUAUUAGUAAAUAAAAAUGUAAAUAUAAACGUAUUUUUUUAGAAAUACGUGCAAACUGUACGAAGCAGAAAGUAAUCAGGAUUUCAAGUUUGCAUAAACUAAAGGACUGCUGGUGAUUCCCUGGUCGGUGAGAUAAGGCCAGAAGAAGAUUGAUCUGCGGAGCAGAUAACAUUAUCCAUCCUGGCUAGAUCUGGUGCAAUCUACUGGCAUGUUCAGGAGGGCAUCAUUGAUACUGCAUCAACAUUUUCUGCAAAAGAAGAAUUUCACAGUGUGUGGCCUGUAUCUGAACAAGGCAGCAAUGUCGAAGCAGAUUCAUGCUCGCAGGAUUGAAGGAAUUGAUAAAAAUGUGUGGGUGGAGUUUACACAGUUGGUAGUGGAACACAAGGUAAAUGUUAAUCUUGGACAAGGAUUCCCAGACUUCUCCCCUCCAGAAUUUGCAAAAGAAUACUUCAAGGAUGCCUUAUUUGAAUCAGGUGGCAUGCUGAACCAAUACACAAGAGCAUUUGGUCACCCACUGCUUGUCAAAGUGUUGGCUCAGUUCUUCAGUAAGUUGUUUGGGCAAGACCUUGACGCAAACUUGAAUAUUCUGGUGACUGUUGGUGCAUAUCAGGCAUUAUUCUGCACUUUUCAAGCUCUGAUUGAUGAAGGAGAUGAGGUUAUCGUCAUUGAACCUUUCUUCGACUGCUAUGAGCCAAUGGUUAAGAUGGCUGGAGGGACUCCUGUCUUCAUCCCAUUAAGACUUAAAUCCUUGAAGGAAGGAGUACCAUUGUCAAGUGGAGACUGGAUGCUGGAUCCAGAAGAACUAGCUGCCAAGUUCACUGCGAAAACCAAGGCAAUUGUCAUUAACUCCCCAAAUAACCCUCUUGGAAAGGUUUAUAAGAAGCAGGAACUAGAAAUGAUUGCAGAACUUUGCAUCAAAAACAAUGUACUGUGUUUCAGCGAUGAAGUCUAUGAGUGGCUGGUGUACGAUGGCACUGAACACAUCAGAAUCGCCAGUUUGCCAGGGAUGUGGGAUCGCACCAUCUCUAUUGGAAGUGCCGGAAAAACAUUCAGUGCUACCGGAUGGAAGGUUGGCUGGGCAUUUGGACCAGAUCACUUACUGAGACACCUGAGAACUGUCCAUCAGAACUCAUUGUAUCACUGCCCUACUGUUGCACAGGAGGCUGUAGCACAGAGUUUUCAGAAAGAGUUUGAGCGUUUUAGUGAACCAGAGAGUUAUUUUGUCCAGUUACCUCAGCAACUGAGUCUGAAGCGGGACCAGCUGGUGAGAUGCCUUACAGCUGUAGGAAUGAAGCCCAUUGUGCCUGAAGGUGGCUAUUUCUUGAUUGCAGACAUCUCUGGAGUCAAGGUAGACCUUCCUGAGCCUUCCGAUAGAGAUGAACCAUAUGACUUUAGAUUUGUGAAGUGGAUGAUUAAAAACAAGGGUUUUGCAACUAUUCCAGUAAGUGCCUUUUACAGUUCACAGAAUAAGAAGCACUUCUCACACUUCAUCCGGUUCUGUUUUGCAAAGAAAGAUGACACCCUUAUUGCUGCAGAGAAGAUUCUCCAAAGCUGGAACCUUACCAAUUGAAUCAAAAUUUCAUCACUUAUGCAGAAACAAAACAUGUGCUACUUAAAGUUCUCCAGUCUCAUUAUCCAUUUAGCUUUGUUUUUCUGCUGCUUUUCAUUCAUGAACAAACAGUGCAGUGUAAUGUAGAAUUUAUAUGUGAUCAUUUUUCAAAUUUCCUUUUCAGGUCUAAAAUCAUUAAAAGCAUUGUGAUUAUUUCUGAUAGGUAAUUAUACCUUAAGUGAAUGUAUAGAUUAUUUAUUGCAAUUGAGCUAGCACAUGAUAUUCAUGCUGCUGCUGCCAGUGUAAAACUGAAGUAAAUAGUAAAUGUUUGGUCUUUA